AUGCGCGAACCAUCCGUGUCCGACGACAGCGAAUCCGACGCCUCAGACGACGCUGCCUCGGACGAAGAGGAAGAAGAAGCGCAGCCAAUCUCGAAUGCGUAUGCCUCCCUCCUGCAGUCCUUCUCGUCGCGCAAUACUGGCUCCGACGAACACCGGAAGAAAAGACGGAAGUUGGGACACGACGAACCUGAGCCCGACGUCGAAGUGGAUGACGAAUCUUCCACGCUAGAAGCCGAAGACGCUGUGGCUGAGGAAGAGGAAGAAGAGUUGGAUAACGACGAGGUCUCGGACGAGGACGACCGAGAAGAGCAGAAGCUCGAGCAAGCCUACGAAAGACACUUUGCGAACCCAGACGAGAACGAACUAGCGAUGCGCCUAAAGCGGAUAGCAGCCAACCAAUGGACGUCACAAAAGCUCGAUCGGAAACCUGGGCUGGGGGCUGGAGUACUUCAGGUUCCCAGCGACGAAGUCAAGACGCCGGUUAGGAAGCUUCGAAGCGUCCGCGAUCUUGACUUGAAAGCGCGGCUUGUCGAAAAUGCACAAAAGAGAAUCGGCGCCUUUGACGAGCUGGAACAAGUCAUCACACCCUCGAUAUUCGGCUAUCAGGAUCUGUUGUUCGGCGCGAGGACAGUUCAAAAUGCCAGUCGUCUGCGCGACAUCACCUGUCUGCACGCGCUGAAUCACAUCCUCAUGACACGCGAUCGCGUUCUGAAAAACAACGCCAAACUUGCCCAAGCAAAAGACGACGACACCGACACCGACACCGAAUACCGCGAUCAAGGCUUCACCCGUCCCAAGAUCCUCUUCUUGCUAGAAACAAAACAAGCCUGCGUUCGCGCCCUAGACAGCAUAACCGCUCUCCACGAUUUCGAACAGCAGGAGAACAAGAAGAGAUUCCUCGACAGCUUUUCCCUCCCAGAAGACAAGUUCUCCGAAGACCGGCCAGCAGACUUCCGAGACCUGUUUGAAGGAAACGACGAGAACGAAUUUCGCAUCGGCGUAAAACUCACCCGAAAGACGCUGAAAUACUACUCGACGUUUUACAACUCUGACAUCAUCUUUGCCUCGACACUAGGCCUGCGUCGCGCCAUCGAAUCUGGAGACCCCAAGAAACGCGACUCGGACUUCCUCUCGUCGAUUGAAAUGGUGAUCAUGGAGCAAGCAGACGCCGCUCUGAUGCAGAACUGGGAACACGCCGAGUUUGUCUUUGAGCAUCUGAAUCUCCAGCCCAAGGACUCCCACGGCUGCGACUUUAGCCGUGUGAGGAACUGGUAUCUAGAUGGCCACGCGGGCUUCGUCCGCCAGACCAUUGUCCUUAGUGCCUUUCUGACGCCCAAGAUCAACACGCUGUACAACAGACACAUGCGGAACUUUGCAGGCAGGCUCAAGUACACGGCGGACCAUACCGCGGGGCUCAUCGAAACCCUGUCUUAUGGCAUCAAGCAGACUUUUCUCCGCUUCGACUCGCCAUCCCAUCUUACGGACCCGGACGCUAGGUUCAAGUAUUUCAACACGACUGUCCUGCCGUCCAUCACACGGCUGCCUAAGCCGGUAGAAGGCGGCCUCGGCGUCCUCGUCUUCAUACCAAGUUACCUCGACUUUGUCCGCGUCCGCAAUUCCCUCGUCGACACGGAUAUCGCGUAUGCUUCCAUCUCUGAGUACACGGAUGCAACUGACGUGCGUAAAGCACGUAGCCACUUUAUGAAUGGUAAACACUCGGUGCUGCUGUAUACGGGUCGCGCGCACCACUUUCACCGCUAUAAUCUCCGCGGCGUGAAGAGGGUCGUGUUUUAUGGGGUACCGGAGAAUCACAUCUUUUACGAUGAGGUUGUGGGCUUUGUGGGGAAGAGUGUGGAGAGGGCGGAGAUUAGUCGCGCCGAGGCGAGCGUUAAGGUGUGCUUUUCGAGGUGGGAGAGGUUGGAGUUGGAGAGGAUUGUGGGGUCGAAGAGGGUGGGGAAGAUGGUGGGUGAUAGGGGGGAUGUGUUUGAUUUUGUAUAA